CACCCACCCCUCAUUGAAGAAGAAGUGAGGAGGAAUCAGCCGACGCGCAGUGCCUUUGCAGCAUCCCGGUCAUAUAUACAGAGAGAGGCUGCUAUCGCUUAGCUGUUGAUAUACAUUUCCUCCCAUACUGACUGCGGGGCUCCGACAACAGGCACAGCCCUCCCCGAAUUCCCACUAGGAUCUUUUCUUCCCUGUUGGAGACCAUCUCCACCCCCCACAUCCAGCAGCCAUGGCAGAUGACGCGGACAUGCGCAAUGAGCUGUCAGACAUGCAGCAACGCGCCGACCAGCUGGCCGACGAGUCUCUGGAGAGCACCCGUCGUAUGCUGCAGCUGGUGGAAGAGAGCAAAGAUGCCGGCAUCAGGACUUUGGUUAUGCUGGACGAGCAGGGAGAGCAACUGGAGCGCAUCGAGGAGGGAAUGGACCAAAUCAAUAAGGACAUGAAGGAUGCAGAAAAGAAUUUGAACGAUCUAGGGAAAUUCUGUGGUCUUUGCUCCUGUCCAUGUAACAAGAUGAAGAGUGGAGCCAGCAAGGCCUGGGGGAACAACCAGGAUGGCGUGGUGGCCAGCCAGCCUGCCCGCGUGGUGGACGAGCGUGAACAGAUGGCCAUCAGUGGAGGCUUCAUACGCAGGGUAACAGACGAUGCCCGGGAAAAUGAGAUGGAUGAGAACCUUGAGCAGGUGGGUGGCAUCAUCGGUAACCUGCGCCACAUGGCCCUGGACAUGGGCAACGAGAUCGACACCCAGAACCGCCAGAUCGACAGGAUCAUGGAGAAGGCUGAUUCCAACAAGACCAGGAUUGACGAGGCCAACCAGCGCGCCACAAAGAUGCUGGGCAGUGGCUAA